UGGAAAUUUAAAUUAUAAACUCGACCAAAUAUAUAACUAUUGAUAUAUAACUUCCUCAAUGUCCCAGAGAUUUUUAUUCUCAAUGGCUUUGUUGUAAAAAUGCCUUAUUAAUUACAUAAAAGGAUAAACAAAGAAUGGAAACACGUAUUAUAGAUGAUCAGACGAAAGGUGAUUCAGACUUUGUUUCUAGUGUUAAUCUUCGUCACUUGAGCAAAGAACUAAAAUACAAUUAUUAUGACUGUUAUACACAACAUGAAGGAGGAUUUGAAUUAAUGGACGGACACGCAAAAGUUCUUAUUAGAUAUAUGGCAGAUAAGAUACUGCCAGGAAAAAUCAUAGAAGCAGGAAGCAGAGCAGAAGGAACCAUGACACCUUCCCAUGAUGGCUUUGGUUAUACUCUACAAGCUGACUCCGACUUUAUGUAUGAAAUCGACACAACCGGCUUUCACACUACUAUGACUCUUGAGGACACAGAACAUCCCGGAUUUGUAAAUCUCUGCAUUGAUUCGAAAGAACACCUACCCUAUAUAUUUUUGAAUUCAGUACAGGAGAAUGAAGUAACAAAAUGUAUGAGAAUAUCUCCUUCUAAAUUGAAACUUCACUUAUCAUUAGCGUUUGAAAUUCUUAUAGCUAUGAUGAAAAACCAACAGGACAACAUAGAUCAUGAUAUUUUCGAAGGCUUCAAGACUAGAACAGAAGUCAUAGGCCCAGCUGUUAGAUUAAAGUGCUUUCCUCAAGAAGAAAUAUUCGAACCUGAAUGCACAUUUCUGUUGGGCGAAGAAGACGAAUUAGAAGACAUGGAUUUGCCAAAAAGUUUAAAAGUAAGGGAAAUAGACGUAGCCUUAACGAUUAGAUUUAACGAUUGGCCGAAACAGGCAUCGGGGUGGUUGACACGUGAACGAAAAUGGCCAAACAAGUCAUUAUUGAAAAUUUCAGUAGAUGAAGGUUUUCACGUGGUUCCAAAAUCAACUACCAAAGACAUCACUAACUUUGAAUGGAGGCUGUCAUUUGCCAGAGUGGACUGUAUUUUAUUGAAAUCCAUUGCAAAUACCUCACAAUGUAAACACUGUUAUAGAAUUUUCAAGUGUUUCGUCAAGUAUCACUUAUCUCACCCGAAGCUUGUUUCAACUUACCAUUGUAAGACUAUUUUCCUUUGGACACUCGAAAGAUUUCCGCCGGAUACAUGGACGGAAGACAAUUUAGGCCAUAGGUUUCUAGGUCUUCUUGAUGGUCUUUUCCAUGCACUUGUAAUGCGCCAAUUACCUCAGUACUACAUCCCAUCGGAUAAUUUGCUAAAGAAAUGCAACGAUAAGACCGAUUUUGUGGACACAGUUUGUCAAAAACUGUCCGACAUGCGACGACACCCAUUCAGUUACAUUUAUAGAUUAGGAACUAACGCGUGGGAUGAUGAAAUGCAAGGUUUCACUAUUGAAGAAAUGAUUCAUUGGAAUGAGAAACCAGAGAAAGACCGUUAUCCAACUUCAGAAGAGGACAUAUUUUAUGAAAGAAAUAAAGUUACAGAAAACGAAUAAUAACACAAUCAUACGGAUGUUGUUUUCUUAUGUGAAAUAGGAGCGCUCAAAAUGUCAGACGCAUACUUUUAUGCAUAUGGCAGGAGCUAUGUUUUACAGAAAGGCAAACCGCAUAAAACCAAUCGGACCAAAGAAUCAAAAUGAGGUGCAUAACGGCCAUGAUUAAUCAAUAUAAAGUUCGCAUAAAAUACUCAGGCUCGUGAUGCUAAAUCUGAACAUUUUUUCUGUAAAAGUUAAUAAACGUUGUCUUUUUUUUUCCUUGGAAACAUACAUUUCUGUCCUUCUUAGACCAAAGAGUGUAAUAAACUCCUUUUUUAUAUCCCCCUUUUUGAAAUUUAAUCUCGUUAUAUUGUCUGUGAAUGUUUGUUCUAUUUAUUAAAGGGAAAAGUG